UAGGCGCACCACCCUGCCAAAUCCGGGGUAACCACGGCAAUAGGCGCACCACUCUGCCAAACCUUUUGGCCUUUGAACGGUAGGCCUCUUCCCAAAGCAGCGAGCCUGCACGCGAGAGGCCCGUCGCUGCCUCACCCAGCAGGAAGGCAGAUGGCAGUCAAGGUUCGCGCGUUCCCAAGGCCCUCCCGUCCUGCUGCCGCGGCGCAGAUCGCCAUGCCCGUUCCUUCAAAAUAUUUCCUCGCUAUCAAUGCCCUCUGCCUCCCAGAUUCCAGAUUUGGAGGGAUCAGCCGUCCCGGGUAGACUCGAAGAAAGAACACCCCACGAAUGCUGCCGUGCCGAGCCCCACACGCUGCAGCAGGGUACCAAACGCCGUACCCACCCAGCCACCGGAUAGGCCACGGCCGCGUGCCGUUUUGUUUUUUGGCGCCGGGGCCCACCGUCCGUUGAGCGGCGCCGCGGCACACGCGUACGUCCUCCCCCACCCAAGCAACCGUGCUGCCCCCCCACCAUACGACACGCCUCCAUCCCCACGUGAACCGCGCCCUGGCACGUCGCCUCGCGCUCUCACGAAACCUCGGCGUAUCCCCACCUGCCGCUUACAUGCCGGGACGCGUAUGUACUCUUCGCAGGCCCACGAGUCAUGACUCAUGCACGAGUAGGUUUACUGGAUCUGGUCGUGAGCGCACCGCACCGGUCACUCACACCGCAUGACUAGUACUGGUAGCAGGUCUUAACCGAUAGAUAGGUGGGUCCCGGGAAUCAGUGUGCGGGGCUCGGUGCACCGUUCGUCCGCGCGUGCCGCAGGCGCGGUACGGCAGUGCGGUGGGAGUGACAGGACGAGGCGUCCGUGCUCUGCUGAUCGGUGCGGUAGGGCUGGCGUCACGGCGCCAGGCGGACGGGCAGGCUGCAGCCCAGCGCGCCGCGCCAGCGGGGUGCAAGUAGACUCGACUAGCGACUAGACCACUCGCGCGGGUGGGGGCGGCCCCGCAAGGCGUCAAAUCGCGCGGCGGCUGAGGCUGAUUCAUGAUGCCGUGCGCGCGCCCGGUCAGCGACAGCCUCGAGCGUAGCCCAGCCCCCAGAGACCUACUACCUCCCCGUUUCACGAGGUGCGGCCAUUGGUUAAGUGCAGCCACCGUGCGCGGUGCCCACUAUAAGAGUUGCUCCUCCUCCCUUGCCGCUGCCGAGACGACCAAGCAGGCAAGCUGCCCAACCAACCCAAGAAAGGGAUGCAAAUGGAGUGGGACAUGAGGGGAGGACACCAGAGCGGUGUUGGUGUCGGCGACGGCGGGGGCGGAGUGGGAGGAGGCGUCGGUGGAGGGGACCAGCACCAGCUGCGAGCGGAGGCGCACUACCGCGGGGUGCGGAAGAGGCCGUGGGGCCGGUACGCGGCGGAGAUCCGCGACCCGUGGAGGAAGACGCGCGUGUGGCUGGGCACCUACGACACGCCCGUCGAGGCCGCGCUCGCCUACGACCGCGCCGCCGUCGCGCUGCGCGGCUCAAAGGCCAGGACCAACUUCGGCAGCGGUAGCGGCGGCCGCGACCGCUGCCCGCCGGUCCAGCCGCGCCCGCCUCCGCACCCGGUGCAGACGCCCGGCACGUUCAGCGGGCUCGACAUCAGCCACCAGUCCCCCUGGCACGUCGUCUACCUCCCGUCGAGGCUGCAUCAGGCCAUGGCGCCGCCGGGACCCAACGUCGCCGGGGACGUCGCCGCGUCGCUGCCGUCGACGGCGCUGGAGCUCCGGACGGGGCCGAGGAGCCUCCCGUUCGACCUCAACGAGCCGCCGUCGGUGCUGUUCGGGUCGUAAUCUCCCUGUACGCACGUGUAGUAGUAGAUCGUUCGUAUCAUGGUCAUGGGUUGGAUCAUGGAUCAGUGGAUCAUGGUACGUAGCGAGUCUUGUGACUCGUGAGGCUAAUCCAAGGGGAGUGGAGAGCGCUGGUCCGGGUGUAUAUAUGCCUAUUUAAGGAAAUCUCGCCUUCCUCGUCUU